AUGCAGAGCAACAAGGAGGCUCCUGAAGCUUCGCAAAGUAUCAAAGUUUACGUCAGGAUUCUGCCACUCCUCGAGCGCUGUGAAAACUGUGCCAAAAUCAAUAAAAAAAGUCAUUCAAGUGUUUUAGAUGGUGCGAAUUUCGUGCUCGUCUGCUGUGGACAAACGGGAACUGGCAAAAGCUUCACCACUGGCGGACUCAGAAAUAAUUGGGAGCACAGAGGAAUCGUUCCGAGGCUCCUCGGGGAUUUGAUGCUUGAAAAAGAACGCAGGAAACGCACAAACAAAAUCCAGUGCAGUCUGAGCUACGUGGAAUUUUGUGGUAAACAGUUCAAAGAUCUGUUGAAUCCAAAUUUCACGAGUUCUCGCAGCAACAAUAGCCGUGAUGUAUUUAAGAACAUUAGCCAGGUGACAAUAACGAACGAAAAAGUUGCUCUGCAGCAUGUUUUUCAAGGGGAAGGACGAAGAGCUCAAGCAGAAAGGUCCGAAUACCCUGUUUGUAACUUGGGCACCUCAGUUAUUACGCUACACAUUCGAAAUACGAGCUUGAUUACAUCCUGGGCUGUCGAUUCAUCCGCUACGAUUCACAUCGUGGAAAUGGCCGGCAUUGAUAACACGAGAAACCCCAACUGUCCGAAAGCAACGCGCGACGUAAUUUCAGCCAAUUCGAUGAAGUCCGAACUCGAACAGUUCUUCGUCAAUUCCGGGAGAGUCGAAAACACGCUGAGCUCGAACGCGCGGUCCAACUACUUCCUGAAAUACUUGGGCGAUGCGUUGAAAUUUGAUUCAAUAAUACGAUUCAUAGCUCACAUCAAAGUUAAAAUGGACGAUCUCGACGUUUCUUUGUCGACUCUUCGGUUUGUGGGAAAUAUAGCGAAGGUCUCAAUCUCUCAAGUAGCGUUUGACGCGAGACCUCAGAGCACCAUGUUCAUAGAAAAAUUGCAAGACGACAUCAAACGAUUGAAGCGAGAGUUGUACAUCAACGAGAUGUUCUUCCACCAGGAAGCCUCGAUGAACGUUUCGACGCAGAGAGCACAACAGAUUCAAAACGAUUUUCUUGGGUUCUUAAACGGCUCGAUUUCUGACUUGGAACUCAUCAGUCUUUCUCAAGCUCAAGUUCUGACAAAGAUGAUGAAAGAUUAUUAUUCGAAAGUCACAGCUGAAAAAGAAAAAGCUCAAAAGGAUUUGGUGGAUUGUGAGAACGCGUUGAAAAAUGGCACUGGAAUGAUCUCGAAAACUAGUAGCCACGAUUCAGCGAAAGGUGCCAGCCGCAAAUUUUCGAAUUCAAAAGACCUUCGAUUGGUGGUGAAUAGUGAGGAAGACAAUGGGAAUUCCAAAGUGGGAUCUUUGGAAGCCAACGGCAUUACUCUGGGACCAGGAGUUUCAGAAAUUCCAACUACGUCGAAAUUGACAUUUCCAAAUUUAGCGAUAGAAAAUAAACCAAAGGAUUACGUUCCUGUUGGGAAAAAGUCGUACAACAAAAACGGAGGAAGCUUUAUGAAUAAGAACUUCCAGAAUGAAGGUUCUGAAAGGCAUGUACGAGAAACGUUUGAAAGGCUGCAAGCGAUACUUAAACGUUUGACCGCUAUCAAUUACGAAGCAAGUUCAUCGAGAAAAAAAGGUUUCAGAGAAUCAAUUGUAGUUCCACGAACAAAUAAGCAACAAAAAAAUCGAAAAUAAACCAUCACUGAGUUACCGUUUUUACAUUUGUACACUUAAUUUUAUCAUAAAC